AUGGCCAGUCAAGGCAAUAAGCGGCUUGCGCUUAUUGGGGAUGCUACCCUGAGACUCGUUCUUUACGAGUGUGGCUAUGAGGACGAAGCUUCUAUUCGUGACAUGAGGAAUGCACAAAAUACUCGGGCAACGAACGAGAACCUUGCGCAGAUAGGCUUUUCCCUGGGCCUGGAUGUCUACAUCCAGCUGAACCCUUCAGCCCAGGGGAUUAUUCCAGGGCGGCUCAUGGCAACUACCAUGGAGGCCAUCAUUGGCGCUGUCUACCUCGACAGUAACAAGGAUAUUAUGGUCAUACGGCGCUUGAUUGUUAAUCUACGUGUCAUGGCAGUCUAG